AUUCGUUCAUGAUCAGGGACCAGGACCUACCUCACACCAAGGAGCACAAUGGAUUUUACUCCAUGUCACCCCCAACCAUUCACGUUUCAGCAAGCUAUCUCCUUUGACCCCGAAAUCAGUCGUCUUCAAAACUCUAUCUCCCAUCUAAAACGCACGCAAGAAGAACUCAAGGAAUAUGCAGAGGACCCAGACAUCGCACAAGCAAUAAAAGAAAACAACCAGACGUUAGCAUCGCAAGAUGAGCGAAUAUUCAUGCUCAAGUUGGCGCUCACUCAGCGCGGAGCGUCGAAUGCCACUAGCGCUCAUUAUGACCUUCCUCCUGAGCCGGAACCAGAAAACAGAAAUGGUAGGCAUAGUGGAUUUACUAGUGAUAAUGGACUCGAGCCGUUGGACGCGCCUCUUCCGGGAGACAACUCGGGUCUUGGGCCAUCGAAUUCGACUGAGGAGGAUGAACAAGAGAGCGGUGUGCACCUGUAGUCCUACGUCAUUUUUGAUCAUAAUUGCCGCAUUGUACAUCAUCUAAUCGCUUUAUGCAUGGGCCAAACAGGAUGUUGCAAAUCGAUCCUUCAGGUGCUAGUGAGCGCUGAGCCCUGGUUAACGCGCGUAUAAAAUGGGCUCUCAAUUCCAGCGCGGCCGACUCUGAGUACUAAUCGCUGAUUCUAGGUUUGAUAUAAACGUUGG